CAAUUACUGUCCUACUCCCAUCACCAAGAAUUUCCUAAAUUUCCGCACUUAUCACCACAGCUACUACGCUACAAUGUGGGAGCUCAAUCCAAGUCGUCUCUUCAAGCGACUUCGAUACCAACAAAUUGCCUCCAUCCGCGAUGAUGCCUUGAAUGGAGUGGCUCAUAGCCAAAAAGUAUCUCAGCGCAAAAGCACAUUGUACAUCCUAUCUCACAUCGCCAUUUCGUGUUUAUGCCUCCUUGUCUCCAUUUCGUUCUUCUUCUCCAAGUACUACCACGAAGUCUCGGAUGAGAAAUGCGUGCGCCGGUUUUCAGCUCCCAGUCCAGCCAUGGAGGCGGUAGAGCUGGAAUGGCUGACAUUCAAUGAUAACUUCCAGCCGGAUGAGUACAGCGGUUAUCCCUCGGCUACGUCGGAGAAAGCAUGGGGCGCGUUAUGGGACUUCGGCGCCUUCACGGUCCCCCUCGAAUCGCUCGCCGGAUUAAACAAAUCCUCCAUGACAGGAGAUUUCCGACUCGUCGGCUCCAGACCAGAUGCCGGAGUGGGAGGUUUGUUAGAAGGAGCGCAUCAGAUCCAUUGCUUGAAUCUGGUUAGACAGUUCAUCUAUCGAGAUCAUUGGGACUAUAGCAAACUGCCCUCGUUUAGCGGGGGAGAAAAGACCCGCCGACACCAUGUAGAUCAUUGUAUUGAGACACUGAGAUUGGUCUUUUCGUGUCAGAGUGAUGUGACUCCUUAUUAUUUGGUAACUGGUCACGGGGGCAAGACGGAGAGCAGAGGACUGCCGCAUAAGUGUCGGAAGUAUUCGAAGUUGGUGGACUGGGUGAAUUCGCAUUCGGUGUUUGAUACGGUGGAAUAG